UAAAAAACAAACUGAUAAAAUUAGAGUUUAGGGUUUAAGAAUUGAAGAUCAAAUUGGUUAAUUGGUUAAUAAAAAACCCUAGCAAUCGUCCCUCUAUUUGGAACCAACCAUGGCUGUUCCCGAAGCAGCUAACCAACAGCGGAGUAGUAUAUCCCUAUGUGGACUUGGUUGCAUCGAAUUUGUUGAGGAAAUUUCGGGAUAGUACAAUCAUACCCACCACCAUUGGAGCACAAAUUCACUCACAGCUCUCUCAAAAUUGGGAAAUGCGCAUUCAACCAUUGAGGCUUCUUUCCUUGGAAAUGCAACGAAAAUUCUUGUUUCAGUUCACAACCCAACCGAGAAUAGAUCAACGUUACCAUCCCAUUUCACAGAGAAUACUUUAUUUUCUAGUCCCGGUUCGGGAUUAUCAGCGUGAAAAGGAUCUUAUUGUUGAUAUUUCAACCAUAGAUGAUCACAAAUAUGACAAAUUGGUACCAGAUUCAAAUGAAUGCUCUACUACGGACAAUGAUGCCCUCAAAGUUCAGAACCUCCUCAAGGUUCAAGAGAACAAACCCGAGGAUGAGAUUGUGAGAGCACUUGAUCAAUGCCGAUUGUCACUGAGUGAGAAUUUUGUUCUGAAUGUGCUUCGGCGUCAUCGUUCUAAUUGGAAACCCGCUUAUACAUUCUUCAAUUGGGUUUCUAGAGGAGGAAAUGGAAGUGGGUAUUUUCCUGGGUUUGCUGCCUACAAUGAAAUUCUCGACAUUUUGGGCAAAAUGAAGCGAUUUGAAGAAUUGACCCAAGUGCUUGACGAAAUGAGAGAGAGAAAAGGUCUUGCCAAUGAGAGGACAUAUGGGACUGUGCUAAAUAGAUAUGCUGCGGCUCACAAAGUGGAAGAAGCAACGCAGUUCUUCUAUAAGAGGAAAGAGCUUGGUCUCGAGCUCGAUUUGAUUGCCUUUCAGACACUAUUGAUGUGUCUAUGCCGGUAUAAACACGUUGAAACUGCUGAAUUUUUGUUCCACUCAAAGCAGAACGAGUUUCGCCCUGUGAUAAAGACGAUGAACAUCAUUCUUAAUGGAUGGUGUGUUUCGGGUAAGUUGCGGGAAGCAAAGCGGUUUUGGAAUGACAUAAUUACAUCCAAAAAAUGCAUGCCUGAUCGUUUUACAUAUGGGAUUUUCAUAAAUUCGCUUACAAAGGCAGGAAAAUUGAGCACCGCUGUAAAGUUGUUUCAAGCCAUGUGGGGAAAGGGUUGUGACCCGGAUGUGGCGAUUUGCAACUGCAUCAUUGAUGGGUUAUGUUUCAAGAAGAGGAUCCCUGAAGCACUAGCAAUUUUCAAGGAAAUGAACGACAGAGAUUGCCUUCCUGAUGUUGCCACUUACAAUUCGCUAAUCAAGCAUCUCUGCAAGAUUAGGCGUAUGGAAAAGGUUUACGAGCUCUUGGAUGAGAUGGAACAGAAGGGCGGUGAUUGUUUGCCUAAUGCCAGGACUUACGGUUACUUGUUGAAGUCCACGAAGAUGCCUGAGGAAAUUCCUGAGAUCAUAGAGAGGAUGAAGAGGAUUGGAUGCUGGAUGACAAGUGACACCUACAAUUUGCUCUUGAGGUUGUUUAUGGAUUGGGAUGAUCAAGACAGAGUGAGGUCUACUUGGGUUGAAAUGGAGAGGAACGGACUGGGACCGGACCAACGAUCUUACACAAUUAUGAUUCAUGGCCUUCAUGACAAGGGAAUUAUAGAGGAUGCAUUGUGUUAUUUCAAUGAGAUGACAUCAAAGGGAAUGGUACCGGAGCCAAGAACCAAGUUGCUGGUCAAUGCAAUGAACAUUAAGUUGAAGGAGAGAGAAAGUGUACUGAGGGAUACAAGAGCAAUGAACAGGGACAAUUCACAUAAGAUGAGGAGGAAGAAUCGGAACACGAGGUAGCGUGCAUUUGGGUUGCCAAAUUAAGCAAGUUAUUGCAACAAUUUGAAAGGGAUGGAGAGAAUGAAUUUCUUCAGCCAAGCCCAUCUUUGAAAGUGACUGAUACAAAACAUUGUUGAAUUAUGGAAGAGGCAAUGAAAUUAGGAUUCAUCUAGUAACCAGAAUAUGUAAUUUCUACACAUUAUGCUUCUAUAGGAUUCAGAUCUUAUAUCUUUGUUAUUUUUGGGAAAUGCAGAUUUCGUCAGUUGGGAAUUGGAUGAGUAAUUCUUCAGUAA